AAGGCGACAGUUAGAAGCCCGCGAAUGGGCGGAGCGGUAGUCACGUCGACAACUGGGUGAGCUCCGCCAAUAGGAGCGCGGCGGCGGUUUAAAGAGCGUUGCGGAGGAGGUGGGCUAAGGUUUGAAUUCAAAUAGCUCCGGAGGCUGUUGGACCUCGGAGUGCGCAGGAAUCGUGAGGUAAUCGGCCUGCCUGCGUCGGAGUCUGGUUUCGGGGUGUCGCUAAGGAAAGUGGUAACGACCUUGAGCUGUGGCACGCGCAAUAAUGGACACAGCUUGUAUAGAGAAUAUGAAUGCUCAUCCGGCUCAUAAUGGCAAGGCAGCUAUUGUGGAUGGUGCAAGACGAGUUCCUGUGACCCAGAACCGGACACCUGGAAUUGAAGUCCAACAGCAGCGUAUUCUGACUGCUUUCAAUGUUGCUCAGCGGGUGCCUAUUCAGCCUCAGGCACAGAAACCUGUUGCCAGUGCAAAACGUCCCAAACAGUUAACUCCGCAUCAUCCAACACUUCUUGUUCAACCAACAUCUAGGAGUCUAGGUCCAAGUAAAGCCACUGACACGUCUCAGCAGCCCUCUGUGUCUGGAAAGAAAACUGAACCAGGUGUAUCAAAUCAGAAGAAAGAGGCAAAAGGGGUAUCAAAUCCAAAAAGUGAGACCAAAAAAAAACAGUGGUCUCUUGAUGACUUUGAAAUUGGUCGUCCUCUGGGAAAAGGAAAAUUUGGAAAUGUAUAUCUGGCUCGUGAAAAGGAGAGCAAAUUCAUCUUGGCUCUGAAGGUCUUAUUUAAAACACAGCUGGAAAAAGCAGGUGUUGAACAUCAACUGCGGCGAGAAGUAGAAAUACAGUCUCAUCUUCGGCAUCCAAAUAUUCUCCGACUUUAUGGCUACUUCCAUGAUGCAACAAGAGUCUACCUAAUCCUGGAAUAUGCACCACGUGGAGAAGUGUACAAAGAACUCCAAAGGCUUACUAAAUUUGAUGAGGAGCGGACUGCUAAUUAUAUCACUGAACUGGCAGAUGCGUUAUCAUAUUGCCACUCGAAAAAAGUAAUUCAUAGAGACAUAAAGCCUGAAAACCUGCUGCUGGGAUCAAAUGGAGAGCUAAAGAUCGCUGACUUUGGAUGGUCUGUGCAUGCUCCAUCCUCUAGGAGGUCGACUUUGUGUGGUACCCUUGACUACUUACCACCUGAAAUGAUUGAAGGGAAAACACAUGAUGAAAAAGUUGAUCUAUGGAGUCUUGGUGUCUUGUGUUACGAAUUCCUAGUAGGAAAGCCUCCUUUUGAGGCAGACACAUACCAGGAAACAUACAGAGCCAUUUCAAAGGUAGAGUACAAAUUUCCUCCAUUUGUAGCAGAGGGUGCUCAGAAUCUGAUUUCAAAGCUGCUGAAGCAUAAUCCAUUCCACAGGCUGCCACUGGAGGAGGUGCUCAAACAUCCAUGGAUUAUUGCAAGCUCUACAAAAACUCCCAAGCAUAGAAUUUCUGAAACUACCACUGCUAAGAAUAUUCAGUCAUAGCAUGUAGUUCCCAGGAACAAAGUAGUUCCAAUGUGGUAAUCCAGCCCAAUAUAGGCUGGUUGGACUCAAAAGGCAGAGCUUAUCACAUUGUAAGCUCUGAUCAUGAACCUUACAAAUCAGGUUAUAAAGCAGUUUGUCAAUAUCUAACUUACUUGGAAGUCCUCUUUGCACAUGUCACUCUGAGGCACAGUUGGUUGAGGAUCGUCUCAUGUUCAUGGCUGGCAUUUCACUUUUGGCCCCUUUUUGAUAGCAUCAUGAAACUGAGCCAUGGAUUAUUGUGCAAUAUGAAGCAGUUUAUGAAGCAGCAAGUCCUCACAAGAUAACAUUUGAAACACAUAAGCAAUGAAUGAAAUAUGUCUUUGAGUGUAACUGUAUUCUUUAGUUGUUCUUUUCCUUAGGUGAGGCAUUUAAAAGUUUUAAAUAAAGAUUUUUUUUAAUAACAAGACUUAUUUUUGCUACCAAAAUGGUCGGUUUAGUGGUCAUUCUAAGCACCCACACAUUCUGAUUGGUGUACCAAAUUUGCCAAUAUUACAACUAUGCCUACUGGCUAGCAAAGAUCCAUUAUAAAAUGCAAUCUGACACUGAUUCUGCAUACCUUACUUGAAGUUGCCUUUGAUACUUAAAUCUGUUCUGGAUUUUUUCACAUCUGCCUAUGCCAGGGUGGGGAACCUUUCUGGCCUAACAGGCCAGAUCCUUAUUGGUUCCCAGCCCCAUGGAAUGAUCCACCUGUCAAACACCUGGCAUUCUCCAAUAGGAACUUGCUUGUAAGUCAUUCCAGUUGUGUAUCUACCUAUCCCACAUCUGACAUCACACGAGGUGUGGGGCAGGUGGGCAUUUGGGGAAACUUGCCUCAUGCCAAAUUGGGAAUAGUAUGGGGCCUGCAAGGUAGAUUUUCCCCAUUCCUGACUUAACAGUACCUUGAAGAAUGUACUGCUUAAAUGUCCAGGUGGAAUAAAUACACUAGUUGAACUAGUCUUAGAAAUCAAGACAGAACUAGUGUUCUUGAUUAUUAAAACUAUAUUAGAGAGGGAAGAGAGACUUCUGUAAAGCUACAGGGUUAAGCAUCUUUAUUUAAGUGGUGUAAAUAAUAAAACUUAAACUUAUUGUUGGAUUAUUUGUGUAUGGCUUCAAAACUUAAAUUUACAGUAGUACCUUGGUUAGACACUUCGGGUUACAAACUCCGCUAACCAGGAAGUGGUUGCUCCAGGUUAAGAACUUUGCUCCAGGAUAAGAAUGGAAAUCGUGCGCCAGCGGCGCAGCAGCAACAACGGGAGGCCCCAUUAGCAAAAGCACGUCUCAGGUUAAAACCAUUUCAGGUUAAGAGUGGACCUCUGGAACGAACUAAGUUCUUAACCUGAGGCACCACUCUAAUUGGAAGUGAUUUGGAUUAAUUUCUGCAAGGAAUUAAAUUUGGGGAUGAACUUGUUAACUGCUUUUUAGCCUAAAUUUUAAAAUAUUAAAGAGGCAGAAAUAAAGGCAUUUGAUUUUUUAAAAUUGUCAUUAGCAAUAAGUUUCAUAUUUCACUGCGGCAUUCCUACAAUGCUGUGUGCAAGGAUGUAAGGCUACUAUAAA